UAGUUUUGAAAGUGAUGCGAGUGUGGAAGCAGAGGAUGAACAAGACUUCGAGUCUGAAUGCUUGACUAAAUGUUCUAUUAGGUUUGCUCGGCCUAAACAGUUGUUUGUUGUAUAUAGUAAACGCCCAUUUACAAAAUAAAGAUGGAACGAGGACUAGAGAUGUCAGCAAUGAUUCCCGCACUGCAAGAACUAGCCAGUGCUAGUUCGAUGGAGUACAAGCAGGCUGUGCAGAAACCUCGUCAGAUACUGUGUCAGUUCAUUGACAGGAUACUGACAGAUGUGGACGUCGUUGCUCUGGAAUUAUGUAAGAAGACCAGUUCUGAGCCAGCAUGUGUGAUGCUGCUGGACUUUGUGCAGCACAUUAUUAAAUCCUCUUCUUUAAUGUUCAUAAAUCCAGUGUGUCUUUCAGACAACUUCAAAAACUCAGAGAACAGCUGCACUGAUUUCAGUAAAUGGAUCAUUAGCCGCCUCUUGCGAAUUGCUGCUUGCCCAGAAUGUGAAGAUCUUCAUGUAAAGAUUUCGUCAGUCAUCUGUUCCUUGCUUCAUCUUUUUAGAGCCAAGGGUUCAGUCCUGUUUGGCCUUUUUUCCACAGAGCUAAUAUGUUUAAUGCAAGAUCUAGUGCAUAUGAAUCUCAUGGUCAGACCAUCACCACAGUGGCCAGUGGUGGUAGAACGCUUCUCCGUCAGGUCCGGAGAUUCUGCCGUUUACCUGACCCCCACCAUCCUAAAUCUGUCCUCAUAUGCCUCAGCUCAGGCGUUGUUAGUAACUUCAUUGACAGUGCUGACAGAUAUUUUGCAUGGCAUUUUCUUCCCAAGGGAAGUGGCCAUCAUAUGGGACUGUGCUUCCUGUAUGCUGUCUCAUGGGAGCCCAAAACUCAAGGCAGCAUCCAUGGUGCUUUUAACUCAUAUUGUGACUCUGGGAGGUUUCCCUGAAGACCAUUCACAGCCAUUUUUCUCAGCUUAUUUGCAUCUCCUGGACUCCUUGCCUACUUUUGAGGAGUCAGAGCUCAGUGUCUUUGGCAGGGAAUUCCAGAACCUCUCCCAAUGCGUUUUCCAGCCUGAGGAAGGCACUUACUGCAGGUUUGAGAGAGUUCAUGUGAAUGUGCUGAUGGAAAGGCUUGAGAAACUGGUGGUUGGUGGAGCACUAGAGCAGUUGAAGCCACUGGAGGUGAAAGCAACGCUUUGUGAAGUCUUCUGCUUUGUCCUUGAGUUUGUUCCUCUCGGAUAUGAGUGUGCGGUGCAGAUCCGGAAGGAGAGAGUCGCAGCCAUUUGCAAAGCUCUGAUUAAGACCAUUGGAACUCAUGGCCUGCAGGAGCAAAGCGUGGAAGGCUACCUGUACGCUGCCCUCAAGACAGAAGCCAUUGCUGCAGUGCAGGAUAUGCAUGCCAGUGUUUCUGACCCUGCUGAUCUUCGAAUGUAUGAAGAGGAAGUUCCAACCAAACGCCCAAACCUCUCUCUUCCAACCCAGCUAAGGAGUGGGGAAAAAACUCAGCCAAUGCAGGUGGACAUGAAGAGCAGAAGUGAGGUGUGGGCAGCUGUAGACAGCCGACUGGAUGAGUUACUGACCCAGAUGAGGGACCACACAGUGGGCCAGCGCGUGAGCACUGUACAGGGACUGGCGCUCAUCUUCCAUCUGGCUGCGGUUUGCUCAAAGCACUGUCUAAAUGGAUCACAGAGAGAAUGGAUGACAUCAGAGGCUUCAGAUGAGGCUCAGCUCAUUUGGUUAAAGCCUCAGGUUUUGUCUCAUGUAGUCGAGAGCUGCCGCUCUGUGAUGGCAAACACCUCUAAUGAGGAAGAGCUGGAGCCUCUGGUGGAGGGUACCAUCAGGAUCCUUGAUGCUGUCCUCUACCUUAACACUGACAGUCAGGGUGACACAGGUUUUUACAGGAAUAUUUGUGCGCUGCUCUCAAUCCCAUGGGUGCUUGAGCAUUGUUCACAAGCGGUUUAUCAGAUGUCCUCUUUUCCUGCAAGUCUGAUUGCACUCUCCCAGAAACUUGCUCCUGUCUACUCUGCACAAACUCGAGCGCACUGUGUGUUUCUACUUGCUCUGCUGUCGAAGAGUGUGUGCGGUGACUGGCGGUCAUCGGUUUACCGCUGGGCCCUGCAAAGUAACCGUGAAUCUGAGCGGGCCAGUGCUGUCAGAGGCUUCCCCAUUCUGCUGCACAAUCUAGGAGUCAAAUCCUAUAGCCUCAUCCACGAGGUCCUUCUGAGCAGACUCCAGGACAGCUCAACAGAAGUCAAAAUCGAGCUGGCUGGUAUUACAGGGCAGUUGGCUUGCUGUCUGUCUGAGAGCUCACAACUGCAGUUUCCUCAGCAUACAGUGCCAUCCCACGAGCUGCUCUGUGCUGGUCUCAGCAUUUCAGACUCCCACCCCAGCCAGACUUCCUCCAUCGGGGCCUCUAUCCUCACCCCAUUCCUCCUCCUGCUCAAAUCUGUGGAGGACAAGAAGGUCAAGCAAGCUUUUAUAAGGAAUAUACGGCACUUGUUCAAACAUGUGGAUCUGGGUAACAGUGACCCUGACACAAAAUCUCUGGUCAGCGCAUUAGUCAACCUCAUUGAAGACCCUGACCAGGAUGUCCGCAUAAAGUUUGGCCAAAAUAUCAAGAAUCUUCUAGAGUUUUGGAAUGGAAACGGCUUCCUGAAGGAGCUUCUUGUGUCCAGACUAAAAGAAGCUUACUCAAAUGCAAAGACCUCCAGAAACAACGAACUCAAAAACACACUCAUAUUAACCACUGGAGAAAUUGGGAGAGCUGCUGAGGGGAACCUGGUGUCUUUUGCUCUGCUUCGUCUUCUGCACUGCUUGCUGUCCAAGUCUAAUCCCGUGUCGGUGGCAGCCUACACAGAGAUCCAGGCUUUGGCCACCUGUAGACACCUCAAACUGCAGUCCUUCUUCAACCAGUACAGGAACCCAAUUUGCCAGUUCUUGGUGGAGUCUUUGCAUUCACGUCAUGUGACGGCUCUGCGCUGCACGCCAGAUCAGAGCAACGAGGCUCUGCAGGAGGAGGCGGCCCAUCAGAGAGAGCUGGCACUGGACAUCCUGUCUCAUGUGGCACAUGUCUUUGAUUUCCCUGACCUUAAUCGUUUUCUCAAUCGGACUCUACAGGUCCUACUUCCCUUUUUGGCAGCCAAGGCCAGUCCCACAGCGUCUGCCCUGAUCCGCACCAUUGCCAAGCAACUGAAUGUCAACCGCAGAGAAAUGCUCAUCAAUAACUUCAAAUACAUAUUCUCCCAUCUCGUGUGUUCCUGUACCAAGGAGGAGCUGGAGAGAGCCUUUCACUACCUCAAGAAUGAGACUGAAAUCGAAUUGGGCAGUCUGCUGAGACAGGAUUUCCAGGGUCUUCAUAAUGAGCUGCUCUUGCGUCUCGGAGAACACUACCAGCAGGUCUUUAAUGGACUUGCUAUCCUGGCUUCUUUUGCCUCCAGUGACGACCCCUACCAGGGCCCAAGAGAAAUCACCACCCCAGGACGCAUGGCGGAUUACCUGCAGCCCAAGCUCCUGGGCAUUUUGGCUUUCUUCAACAUGCAGCUGCUGAGCUCUAGUGCUGGAGAGAAGGAGAAAAAGAAAAUGGCUCUGAACAGUUUAAUGGCCCUGAUGAAGCUAAUGGGUCCAAAGCACAUCAGCUCAGUCCGAGUGAAGAUGAUGACCACACUCAGAACUGGCCUGAGGUACAAGGAAGACUUCCCAGAGCUCUGCUGCAGGACAUGGGACUGUUUUGUGCGCUGUCUUGAUCCGUCUUAUCUGGGUCCGCUUCUGAGUCAUGUAAUCGUUGCUCUAUUACCUCUCAUCUCCAUCCAACCUAAAGAGACGGCAGUGAUCAUGCAGUACCUCAUAGUGGAGAACAGGGAGGAAGUGCAAGACUUUCUUCAUGAAAUCUACUUCCUUCCUGACCACCCAGAACUGAAAACCAUUCACAAGAUCCUUCAAGAUUAUCGGAAGCAAACCUCAAAGAGCACUGACAUGCAGGCAGCGCUGCAGCUCUCCAUGCGGGCCAUCCAGCAUGAGAAUGUGGACGUACGCAUCCAUGCGCUCACCAGCUUGAAGGAGAUGAUAUAUAAAAAACAGGAUGCUCUGUUAAAGCAUGUCUUGGACAGUGAGAUGGUAGAGCCAGUGAUCUCUCAGUUAGUGACGGUGUUGCUCCGGGGCUGCCAGGACGUCAAUCCUGAAGCCAGGCUUUUGUGUGGGGAAUGCCUUGGGGAGCUGGGAGCCAUUGAUCCCGGUCGACUUGAUUUGUCACCCGCUGACACUCAGGGAACUGGCUCCACAUUUGUGAGUGGGAUCGAUGAUCCAAACUUUGCCUAUGAACUACUGACAGAGCUGACCAGAGCUUUUCUAGCCUACGCAGAUGAUGUGAGAGCUCAAGAUGCUGCAGCGUACGCCAUGCAGGAACUGCUGUCAUUAUUUGAAUGUCGGGAAGGCAGGACUGACUCACCAGGUCGCCGUCUAUGGAGAAGAUUCCCAGAGCAGGUUCAGGAAAUCCUGGAGCCGCAUCUCAAUACCAGGUAUAAGAGCUCUCAGAAAGUGGUGAACUGGUCUAAGUUGAAAAAGCCUAUAUAUCUCAGCAGCCGUGGAAGCAAAUUCUCUGACUGGUCUGCAACAUGGGCAGCAUAUCUCAUCAGUAAAGUUAGACAUGAGCUUGCUGGAAAAGUCUUCAACUGCUGUAGUUUCAUCAUAAAGCAUGAUUACAAAGUGACCAUCUACCUGUUGCCCCACAUUUUGGUCAAUGUGCUGAUUGGAUGCACUCAAGAGGAGCAGCGAGAGGUGAAUGAAGAGAUGAUGGCAGUCCUGAAGGAGGGUGACCCGCGGUUAGUGCGGCUGCAAGAGAACGCCUCCAGUCUGAGUCAGCUCAGCACGCAAACCGUCUUCUCCAUGCUGGACCACCUCACUCAGUGGUCCCGCCACAAGCUGCAGAGUCUGAGUACCAACAAGAGGCCAGGCAAACAUGCCAGAGAGCAGGCACAGGCCACAGGCCCAGAGAGCAGUGAGUAUCAAAGUGUAGUAGCCUUCCUAAACAGCAUUCCUCAAGAUGUGCUGGCCAAGGCCUCCUUCCGCUCCAGAGCCUACACUCGUGCUGUCAUGCACUUCGAGUCCUUCAUCCGUGAGAAGAAGCAGAACAUUCAGGACCAUCUUUCAUUCCUCCAGACAAUGUAUGCAGCCAUGCAUGAGCCAGAUGGUGUGAGGGGAGUGAAUGAUCUGAGAAAAGAGGAGCCGUCACUGAGAGAGCAGAUCCUGGAGCACGAGAGCAUUGGACUGCUGCGUGAAUCCACUGCCUGCUACGACAGAGCCAUCCAACUCGAGCCAGACCAGAUUGUCCAUUAUCACGGUGUUAUGAACUCUAUGUUGGGUCUUGGUCAACUCUCUACAGUAAUAACUCAGGUCAAUGGAGUUUUGGCAAGCAGGCCACGAUGGAAAUCCGAUCUGAACGCAUACCGAGUCGAGGCAGCAUGGAAGCUGUCAAAAUGGGACUUAGUUGAGGACUAUAUUGCCUCUGAUUGUAAGUCCAGCACAUGGGGUGUCAGACUUGGCCAAAUGUUGCUGGCUGCCAAGAAGCAAGAUUCCGAGGCAUUCUAUGAAAAGCUUAAAAUAGCUAGAAAAGAACAAGUCGUCCCUUUAUCAGCAGCCAGUUUUGAGUGUGGCACCUAUCAGAGAGGAUACGAGUACAUAGUCAGGUUGCACAUGCUGUGUGAGUUGGAGCACGUUUUUACUGAGCUGCAGAAGGAAAGCACAGAUGCUGGAGGAUCCAAGAAGUCUGAGCCCAGACUCAACUGGGAUGCCCGCCUACUCAUGACCCAAAAUUCGUUCAGAGCCAAGGAACCUGUCUUGGCUCUGCGGAGAGCUCUUCUCAGUCUCAGCAAGGGUUCUUCCUGUGAGGAGCAGGUUGGUGAGUGCUGGCUGCAGAGCGCUCGUGUGGCCAGAAGAGCUGGCCAUCACCAAACAGCCUUCAAUGCCCUGCUCAAUGCUGAGAACUCCCUCUCUGAGCUCUUCAUUGAGAAAGCCAAAUGGCUCUGGUCUAAGGGUGAUGUGCAUCAGGCUCUAAUAGUCCUGCAGAAAGGUGUGCAGCAGUGUUUUCCUGAUGAACAGCCACUCACCGACCCAAAGAGAAUCCAGAUUAAAGGGAAUGCCAUGCUGCUGGUGGGCAGAUACAUGGAGGAGACGGCCAACUUUGAGAGCAAUGCUAUUAUGAAAACCUAUAAGGAUGUCACCAAUCUUUUACCAGAAUGGGAGGAUGGCAACUUUUACCUGGCCAAGUACUAUGACAAAGUGAUGCCCAUGGUCACUGACAACAAACUGGAAAGACAAGGCAACCUCAUCCGUUAUAUCGUCACUUAUUUUGGAAAGGCCCUGCAGUUUGGCAAUCAAUACAUCUAUCAAGCCAUGCCCAGAAUGCUAACCUUAUGGCUGGACUUCGGAGCCAAAGUUUAUGAGUUUGAAAAAGCUGGCCGCUCUGACCGAGCUCAGAUGCGUGCUGAACUCACGAAGAUCAACUCCGUCAUCAGCGAACACACCAGCAACCUCUCGCCCUAUCAGUUCCUCACAGCCUUUUCACAGCUCAUCUCCCGAAUCUGCCACUCCAACAAUGAAGUCUUCGCUGUGCUGAUGGAGAUCGUGGCCAAAGUUUUCUUAGCUUACCCACAACAAGCGAUGUGGAUGAUGACUGCGGUGUCAAAGUCCUCCUAUCCGACUCGAAUGAACAGAUGUAAGGAGAUCCUGAAGAAGGCCAUCAGCCUAAAUGAGUCAUUUGGGAAAUUUAUCGGAGAUGCCAACAGACUGACUGACAAGCUGGUGGAGCUCGGCAAUAAACCAGUGGAUGGGAACAGCAGCACCCUCAGCAUGAGCGUCCAUUUCAAAAUGCUGAAGAAACUGGUGGAAGAACCUACCUUCAGUCAGAUCCUCAUCCCCCUGCAGUCUGUCCUUAUACCCACCCUGCCUUCCACUGGAGGAGCCAACCCCAAACAUGAUGUCUUUCCAGGACACUGGGUCUAUCUCGGUGGCUUUGAUGACACAGUUGAGAUCUUGGCAUCCUUGCAGAAGCCAAAAAAGAUCUCGCUCAAGGGCUCAGAUGGAAAGUUCUACACCAUGAUGUGCAAACCUAAAGAUGACCUGAGGAAAGAUUGCAGGCUGAUGGAGUUCAACUGUCUCAUUAAUAAGUCUUUGAGGAAAGAUGCAGAGUCUAGACGGAGGGAUUUGCACAUUCGGACAUACGCAGUCAUCCCUCUAAAUGAAGAGUGCGGCAUAAUAGAGUGGGUCAACAACACGGCGGGUUUACGCCACAUCCUCACAAAGCUGUAUAAAGAGAAAGGGAUCUAUGUCAGUGGGACAGAGCUGCGAAAGCUGAUUUUGCCCAAAACAGCAUCUUUUCAGGAGAAGCUAAAGCUGCACAAAGAUGUGCUGUGUGCCAGACACCCACCAGUUUUUCAUGAGUGGUUCCUACGGACGUUUCCUGAUCCUACCUCUUGGUACAACAGCCGCUCUGCUUACUGUCGCUCUACUGCAGUCAUGUCUAUGGUGGGCUAUAUUCUUGGACUCGGCGAUCGCCAUGGAGAGAACAUUUUGUUUGACUCCCUUACUGGCGAGUGUGUCCAUGUGGAUUUCAACUGCCUCUUCAACAAGGGGGAGACAUUUGAUGUUCCCGAGGUGGUUCCCUUCCGGCUCACUCAGAACAUGGUUCAUGCGAUGGGGCCGAUGGGCACAGAGGGGCUGUUCAGACAGGCCUGUGAAGUCACACUCAGACUUAUGAGGGACCAGAGAGAGCCACUCAUGAGUGUUUUAAAAACAUUCCUGCAUGAUCCUUUGGUAGAGUGGAGUAAACCUGUCAAGGGUUCAUCUAAGACACAAGUCAAUGAAUCUGGAGAGAUCCUCAAUGAGAAGGCUAAGACUCAUGUUCUGGACAUAGAACAGCGUCUUCAAGGAGUGAUCAAGAACAGGAAUAAAGUGAUGGGCCUGCCUCUGUCUAUUGAGGGCCAUGCACACUAUCUCAUUCAGGAAGCCACGGAUGAUAACCUCCUGUGCCUUAUGUACCUCGGAUGGGGUCCUUAUCUGUGAUCAACAUUUGCACUUCAGAGUUGGCGAACAUAGUAUUUCUGUUUAGCUCUGUCCUUUUUUCCCCCCUAAAAAAUGUUGUUUCUUGUUUUCAGUGUUCCUCAGAAGUUUAAUUAAAUUUCACAUUUCAAGAAUGAAACUUUAUACU